AGUGGCCUAGCAAGCCAAACGCCACUGUGACACCCAUCAUCUUCCCAAUUCGAUACCCUGUGCUACAUGAUUGUUUUAUUGUCCCAAAUGAAAUAUUUUUAUUCGUUCCAUGAUGAUCACGACCCACGUGCACCAUGGCGUUGCCGGUAUUUUUGACGAGACCGACAAAAAGCACGUUUACUUCAAGCGCUUUUAAUGCUAAGACUAAGUUGUAACAAACUGGUUACUUUCGAAAGAAAUUUAUUGACCAUUCUUUUACGCCUUAGUUAGUUUCAGCCCCCCGCCCGCCCUCCUCGCGAAGAAGCAAGAUGUUGAAGCAGUGGAUUCCGCACCCCGUCGAGGGGUACGUGAUGGCGAAGGACACGGGGCAGACGAAGGACAUGAAGGGCAAGAAGGUCCGCGGCUACCAGAUCGAGAACGCGAGUCAGGUAUCAAAUGCAACGACGUCUGGGUCUGAAAACUUGUGAUGCUGAACUGUGGACGACUGCAAUACUUCCCAAGGCAGCCAAGCAUGACAAGUUUGCCGAACACUUUGCCAUGCGCAGUCCGCAUGACAAGCUGCGCUUUUAUAUGACAAAAGAGCGCGUUGCUACUUUAUUGUUGGUCAUGCAAUACAGAUCUUACAGAAAUGUAGGACUAGCAUUACAAGUUCCAUGUUUCCAGACCCAGUCAUUUUUGCAAUGCAUAUCAGGAGGUGGUGUGGCUGACCGCGGAGGAGAUCACGAAAGUGGCCUAUUACAAUGAAAAAUGCCCCCACCCCCGAACUUGAAAGCAUUUGUAUUGCAAAUCUUUCCAAAUGAAACAUUCGCCCUCUUGCGUGUAUCAGCAUCACAGAUUUCCGAUCGUGAAUAGCAAAAAUUUGUAUUGCAAAAGAUCCCAGCAAGAGCGGUGCUUGUCAUGCAAGCGAUGCGAGACACGACUAGAAUCUGCAUCAGAAAGAUUCGUACUCCUUUCAUGCAUGACAAAAAGCUUUCAUUUGGAAACUUCGCAUCACAGAUUCUUGCAAUUUCAGGGGUGGGGGGCAUUUUUCACUGUGAUAUGGCCGACGUGGAGGACGACCAUUUGAUGGGCUUACCCGACGUGUGUCAGCUGCGGUCCGUGGUGAACGCCGCGGUGCUGCAGUCGUUGGAAACCCGGUACUAUGCAUUGCAAAAGUAUCGUACUCGUAUAAAUGCAAUACAAAUUUCCCCAGCAUCAGAAAUAAAAUUUGUCAUGCGGAUUUACCUUAAGAAAAAAAUUUGUAAUGCAUGAAUGCAAUUACUACUAGUACGAUACUUUUGCAAUGCAUAGGUACGGGAAGGGGGAGAUCUAUACGAUGAUCGACCAGAUCAUCGUCUCCUGCAACCCCUUAUGAAUUGCAAAAAUGUCUGGGUCUGGGAGACUCCGAGAUUUGUCAUGCAGUUUUUCCAAGCUCCCCCACGUCUGGAAUGCAGGGCCUAGCAUCACAGGUUCUGCAGCUCCUUGCUGAUGCGUAUUCUGCAUGAGAGAUGCCCUCUCAGCAAGGCCAGAAGUGGGCACCUUUUGCACGUUUGUGCAUCACAGAUCUUUCUCGUAGGAUCCGAAACACGCAUCACAAGUUCGGAUCCUUCCAGACCCAGACACUUUUACACUUCACACCCCUUCGAGCGGCUGGGCCUGGACACGCCCGAGGUCAUGGACAAGUACAUUAACGCGGCGGAUUCCCGGGAGCAGCCCCCGCACGUGUACUCCAUCGCCAAGACCGCUUUGUCGGGGUGCGUGCGCGAGAGUUUGAACCAGGCGAUUUUGAUCUCCGGAGAGUCCGGGGCGGGGAAGACCGAAGCGUGUAAGAUCAUGUUGGGGUUCUUCGCGGACUCCGCCGGGCACAACGAGAGCCGCAUCCAGGACCGCAUCAUGCAGUGCAACCCGAUCUUGGAAGCUUUUGGGAACGCGAAGACCUCCCGGAACAACAACUCGUCCCGGUUCGGGAAGUGGACCGCGAUCAUGUUCGGGCAAAAGGGCUCCAUUGACGGUGCGCUGCUGGUGGACUACUUGCUGGAGAAGUCGCGCGUGCUGAAGCAGACCAGUUUGGAGCGCAACUUUCACAUCUUCUACAUGCUGCUGCACGGCCCGGACGGGGCGAAGUACGGGCUGCCGAAGGGCACGAAGUGGAGCGACUUCAACUACCUGAAAAGCGGAGCCCAGCUCGCCGACGGUGUGGAUGACAAAACCGAGUACAACGAGGUGGUGUCGGCCUUCGAGGACGUCACCAUCGGCGAGAAGAAGCGCGCCGACCUGUUCAAGGCGGUGGCGGGCAUUUUAUUGCUCGGGAACGUGAGUUUUCAAGCGGGGAAAAACGAUUCGUCCAUCUGCGACAAGACCAAGGAGGUGUCCACCGCCUGGGAGUGCGACGACAAGGUGCUGCAGACCGCGAUCACGAACAAGAAGCUGAUCGUCGGGAAGGACGUGACGGUGAAGCAACUGAAGCCGGAGCUGGCGAACGAGGCGCGGAAUGGGUUAGCCACGCUGGUGUACUCGCGACUGUUCGCCUGGCUGAUGGAAAACUUAAACAAGGUUGUCGCCGGGGACAUCGGGAACAGCAGCGCGAAGAAGAUCGAGGUGGGUUUAUUGGAUAUCGCCGGCUUCGAGUCCUUCCCCAACAACACCUGGGAGCAGAUCACGAUCAAUUUGUCCAACGAGAACCUGCAACAGCACUUCAACGAAUUCGUGUUCAAGCGCGAGAUGGCGGACUACAAGGCGGAGGGGGUUUCCGUCGAGGGCAUCACGUUCGCGGACAACCAGGAGAUCCUGGACACGAUUGCCGCGCCCAGGGACUCCAUCUUCAGCGUACUGGACGACGCCACCAAAGGGAUGCGGCAAACGGACAAGACGUUUAUGAACAAUCUGGGGAAGCUGAUGGAAACCAAGAAGAAUGCUUACUUCGAGGCGGACAAGUUCAACAAGGACCCGCCGGAGUUCACGCUGACCCACUACGCCGGCAAGGUCACCUACAAUGUCGGUGGCUGGGUGCAUGAAAAAAACACGGACGACCCGCCGCCCGAGGCGAUGGACGUGCUGAAGACCUCGAAGAACGAGUUGCUGCGGGAUUUAGGGAAGCAAUUGGAGGAAGAGGGCAAGCAGAAAAAGUUGACGGUUUCAACCCAGUUCCGCGCGUCGCUGAAAACGCUAAUGGAGCGAAUUCGUUCCGCCGUGCCGCAUUUUGUCCGGUGCAUCAAGCCCAACGACGAGAAGAAACCGAAGAUUUUCACGCGCGCGAAGGUGUUGGAGCAGCUGAUUUUUUCCGGCGCCAUGGAGGCGGUGAAAAUCCGGCAGCAGGGGUAUCCGUUACGCGCUUUGCCCGCCGAGUUCUGCCGGAAGUACCGCGCGUGCUUUCCGGUGAAGCUCCGGAUGGAAUGUGAGAAAAAAGCGGGCAAAAAGCUCCCCGACCCGGCGGUGGUUACGCUGAUUCUGGACCGCCUUCCGGAGGUGUUCCACCAACCGGAGUUGAAGGGCCAGUACGUGAUGGGAAAAACCAAGGUGAUGGCCCGUCUUCGGGGCCACCAAGUCCUCGACGAGCAGGUGCGGUUUGCCACACUCGAGAAAACCAUCAAAAUCCAGGCGGCCUUCCGCGGCUACCGCACGAGGAAGAUGACGAAGCGGGCGCGGGAGCUCCGCGGCAUGACGCAAAACUGGAUGAAGACGACGGGUUCCAAGUUGUACAAACCGAACACGCCCAACACCAACGCGUUGGCGACGUUUAAGAACGACUUGGGCAAGUUGAAGGCGGAGUGCGACCAGGUGAAGAAGUGGCGGGCGGAGAUCGAGUCCAUGAGCACCAAGCUGAAGGUGUGCGAAGCGGCGUUUCUCACCUGUCAAACGAAGCUCCACAAGGAGUACGAAGUCUACAAGGACAUGAACGCAUUGCUGAAGACGGUCGAUUUGGAUCAGUUGCAGACCGCGGUCUCCCAGCUGACCAAUCUGGCAAUCGAGGACGAAGUGGCCAAGCGCCUGGCGGUCCGGCUCGACAUGCUCUCCGUGCAGCUGCCGCUGAUCACCGCCAUGGCCGGUCUGUCCGACCGAACCGACCCAAGCCCGUCGGACCUCGACGCAUGCAAGCGGCUGCAGCACGUCGUGGAGCAGGUAAAUAAAAGUUUCUUCGACUUUUAGCUCGUUCUUCCUGUCAACUUGUUUCGUGGUAGCAUGCUUUCAUAGCGUUAUGUGAUUUUGCUUCUGCUGCAGUCUUCACCUGCUAGAGCUAGCCUCAGCCUAAUGAGGUUUUUCUUUUCAAUUAAAACAAAGUGAAAGUUUUUAUUUUCUCUGACGCAUAGGCUACCCAGAAGGGGUUAAAAAACCAGUCCGAUUGGUUGGACGAGCAGGCGGGCGCGAAAUUUGUGAAGCUGCAAGCCCAGUGGGAGCGGCUGAAGAGCAAGUUGGACGAGGAGAAGCUCGAGAAGCACGAGUUGAAGCACGAUUCUCCCAAGGAGCUCGUAAAGUUGCUGACGGCGGCCAUCAACAAUUGCGACAAGCGGGGGAUCCAAGCGUCCCUGUCAACGUGCGUGGCGAAUGGACAGGUGGACGCCAACGAUCUGAAGCCUGCGCGAGAAAUGUUGACGAAGCUUAUGGACCCCGGGUGGAUCGAGGAACAGCUGCAUUCCUGUCUGAAAACCCUGGAAGCCAAGAAAGAUUUUCACGGCCUGGCCACCAAGGUCGCGAAUUUAGCUCUUGCCGGACAAGAUGCGGGCGUCGACGCCGAUCUUCUCACAAAGGCGGAAAACGCUUCGCGCAUCGCCCAUAUUCGACGUGGGUCCCUGUUCCAAAGGUAUUAAUCACUUCUGGUGUUUUUUCCCCGUGUUUCCUAAAGUGUUUCUGUUUGCAUAUGCUAAUUGUAUUCUAGUCAUACAUGCAGAUGCACUGUUGUAGAAACAAACGGAAACGGCUCGUCUCGCAUCUAGGCCGGCACCAGUUCCAGUGCGUUUGAAUUUUGAAAACUCGAUCGCUGAUCAUGUGCACUCUUCUAUAUCUGAAUAAACACGCAUCAACAUCAACCCCAGGGACGGUAAAGUGGCGUCGGGUAACCUCGACAUGGUGAUGGCGUUGUACGGUGACAUGAGCAAGGCCCCCUGCAUCAACACGGAUGUGGUAAAGCCCAUCACGGGUCCGGACGGGAAUAAGAUUCUUCCGUGCGAGCCCGGGGGCACGUUCGCGUGGAGCAAGAAUAAGCUGUCCGCCCCGUUGACGAACAUCGGGGACGCCAGCAUGAACUCCACCGCUACCGCGGCCUACCGAAACGUGCUCGGUUGGAUGACGGACCACCCCGUGGACGAGAAGCGGCGCGUGCCGCUGUUGUACGCGAUCGUGUGGAAGGCGCGGUCCGAGGCGGCGCUGACCAACGAGAUGUACGCGCAGGUGAUCAAGCAGCUCACCCACAACCCGGGGCUGCGGUCCCAGCUCUUAGGGUGGAAGCUGCUCGCCUUCAUCUUCCAGCACGCCAUCCCCACGCCCGACUUCAUUGAGUACGUGCGGGCUUUUCUGGUCAAGUCCAAACAGAAGUUCGAGAAGGAGCUGCCCGAAAAGAAGGAAUUGCUGACCAUGGCCACGCAGUGCAUGGACACGAUGGCCAAGACCGCACCGCCGCCGGCCGCGGGGGAGAAGGCCGCCGCCGAGGCCGCGGCGGCGACGGGCGCGAAUAGCAACAAUGAAGUUGCAGCACGGCUUUCGCGGUGAAAGUCGAGGUGAGUUAGUGUACGCCACCUCCCCUUUGCGAGUACCUCAAAAGUCCGAAAAAAGUAGCUAUUAGUAUAGGAUAGAAAGGACUAAGUUAAAGGCUGAAAGACCUCGUUAGCUUGAGUGAUUACGGCACGAAAUCCGACGCGCC